GAGCCAAAAUCUUGAAACGCAUCCAAUCCUUUAUUUAAGAACGUUUAGUCAACGAAAAUGGUCACAUUGCAAAAGAGAAUUUCAUAUAAUUUUGUCAGAUUUGUUUGACCGGCAAUUUUUCCGCGAAUUUCACUGAGCAAAUUAAGAUUUCUUAUCACUUUCUCGAAUAAGAUGACGGAAACAAGACAAUUUAUUUUUAUAAUCUCAAUUUUUUUGGGCUAUGUAGUAGCUACUACAAAUCCCAAUCUCGAAAUCUUCAACUGCAUGGUUGGUGAAAUGGAUGAUAAAGGCAAGCCGUGCCAGAAUUUCUACAAUUCCUCCCAAAAGAAUCUUGAAUGGGAGGAAUCGUCACCGACGGUAAACGCCCAGUUUGAAAACCUAUUCGAUGGACUGAAGGACCAAGCUUUUGAGGAGCACAGCUUGGAGGAGAAAGUCCGACGAUUCUACAAAAUUUGUCUGGCGUCGUCGCAAUCAAAAGGUCUCUUAAGGUAUUUCAAACUGGUUCCACCGGGUGAAAACCUAUCUUGGCCCUUUCUUACAAACCAAGGAAGUGAGUGGCCCAAAGAGAAGUUUCAAUGGAUGGAGACACUGGGAAGACUUCGUCGAUAUGGCUUAAAUGACGUCAUGUUUGGAAUGAACGUACUACUGGAUAAGGAAAGUGGCCAACCCAUAGUGGUUUUAAAAAGAGCGUAUAACUUCGAGUUCCGAUUCCUCGAAUCCCUACUCCGUCUUGGCCUGUCCACCGAAUUGGCAAAGGAAAUAGCCCCUCUGGAUGAGGCCCUUCAAAAGCUGUUUGCAUCAGAUAAACAGUGGGAGGAUGAGCAGGAAAAUACUAGUCUAGGUAAACGGAUUAGUCUAAAAGAACUGGAACAUUAUGGAGUGCUCCUAACCAAAUAUCUGGAGAUUGUGUUUAAUCGCCCGUUUUCGCCGGACUUUGAAGUGCAGAUAGAGAAUCUCUACUAUAUGAUGAGACUCCAGGAAUUAUUAACCUCCGUCGACAGCCAGGUGGUGGCCCAUUACCUCACUGCACGCUUCCAGUUUUAUGUUAUGUUUACCCUAGGAAAAUCCAGACAUGGUGGAAGCGACUCUUGUGUGAAUGUCAUGCGCUUUUGCCUCGAAUUCGCCAGCAAUCUUUUAUACGAGGAACGGAUUUUGGGACGCAGAAAGUUCCGUAGCUACCUGAACCAGGCCGGAAAGGUAUUUGAAGCCAUGCGUAAUCAGUUUAUUAUCAGAUUGGAAAGGAACUCCCUAAACCUGAAGACCCCUGAGAUAGCUUACCUGCAAAACCGCUUGAAGAGCUUGUCUUUGAGCAUUGGAAAUCUCCCCGGAAAAGGCGGACACCGCCGGUUUGUAACUAAUUAUUAUAAGGAUCUGGAGUUUGAUCUUGACGAGGAUCUGGAGGCAGCCCACCUGAAGAUUUUGAAGCACCGAACGAAUAUUGAAUUAAGCCUUCUGGUCGAUCCAGUUGCCAAGAGCAAACGGUACAUCCUCUAUUCCUAUCCCAUCUCAAAUGAAUUUUUCACAACUGCUAAUAAUGAAAACACAAUUUAUCUGGCUUACGACCUUCUAGCGGAUUCUUCUUUUGAUCCUGAAGCUCAUGAGAUUUUCAAGAUGAUUCCCUUGGCAAUCCGCCUUGGGGUUAAUAUGUUCAAAGGUUUAGAUAUCGGUAAUUGCAAACGGCAUAAAGUCAAUUUAUUCCACAUGUUCGAUGAUAACCAUGUUAUAAAAGGAAGUCCUACUUGUAAAAACUUAUGGAGUCAAGAACGAUCGAAGAGUUUGCGCGAAGAGAGUCUUGUCAUUCUCAAUUUGGCCCACGAAGCCUAUUUCGCAGAGGGUUCCAAGUUCAGCCAGAGGCAACUCAACUUCACCACCAUGUCUUUAAGGGAGUUGUUCUUCUUUAGAUUUGGACAGAGCCAGUUUGGUAAACAUUUGUAUUUUAGGAGCGAUUUUGUUAAGGGCGGACCGCCCAGCAAUUCAGUGACAAUGCUACCUGCUUUUGUUCAGGCCUUUAACUGUCCGGAUCCUGGGAAAUUUCCCAUCCAGUCUGAAGAUGUAUAA